AUCUGUCAGCUUAAAAUUCAUGUCCUUCACCUGCUACCAUUCACUUGUUAGUAGAGUUAUUAUUGCAUCGGUUACCAGCACUCCACAACAACACGAGGGCAUGAGCAGGGAGCUAGAAAUAGGGGGAAAGGCUGACAGAUGAGUAGAAUCAGGCACAGAACGGAGGGAGUGGCGCAGAAAGGCAGGAGCAGCUUGUGAGUGUGUGUGUGUGUGUGUGGUUGUGUGUGUUUGGAGAGAGGAAUCAGAAAUCCAAGAGAAGCAGCUCAAAGAAGAGACUCGUCCCUCAGUAACAGAUCUGAGGCCAGCGAGGAGAAAGAGGAGGAAUCAACAGGGGCAAUUCCUCCCUUUAAGAUUCAAGAGCCGUGGAGGCAGAUCCUGACGACAGGGCUGACAGAAUCCUGAAAUAAACAAAAGGACUAUCACUCUCUGGGUUGUUUGACCGGGCCGGUUUCCACGGUGACAACAUGGGUGCAGUGGUGGGCACUUUGACCAUGCAAACCAAGCAGAGGAGACCGUCCAGAGAUAAAUUCGACGAUGAGCUGGAGAUGACGACGGUGUGUCACAGGCCAGAGGGGCUUGAUCAGUUGGAAGCCCAGACUAACUUCACCAAACAGGAGCUGCAGAUCCUCUAUCGUGGUUUCAAGAAUGAAUGUCCAAGUGGUGUUGUAAAUGAGGAGACAUUUAAACACAUCUACUCACAGUUCUUCCCUCAUGGAGAUGCAAGCAUGUAUGCACAUUAUCUUUUCAAUGCGUUUGACACUACAAACAAUGGCUCCAUUAAGUUUAAGGACUUUGUAAUGGGUUUGUCUAUACUGCUGCGAGGAACACUGAGAGAAAAGCUUGAGUGGACGUUUCACCUUUACGACAUCAACAGAGAUGGCUACAUAAACAGAGAGGAAAUGACAGAGAUUGUGAGGGCCAUUUAUGACAUGAUGGGCAAGUUCACCUACCCUGCAAUAAAGGGGGACGUCCCGCAGCAGCAUGUGGAUGCCUUUUUCCAGAAAAUGGAUAAAAACAAAGACGGAGUGGUGACUUUAGAGGAGUUUAUUAUAGCCUGCCAGGAGGAUGAAACCAUGAUGAGAUCCAUGCAGCUGUUUGAAAACGUGAUGUAGGACCAGAGGAGAUGAUGAAGACAUGGAAAAAAAAGAGAGGGCUUGGUGUGAGUGUGUGCGUGUGGAUGCAUAUGUGCAAUACAUCCAGUCUCUCCUCCUCCUUCCCAUCUGGAUACAGUCAGAUUCCCCCCGCAGUGACUUGAAAGAAGGGACUGGACUGGAAUGCUUUUAGCCUUCCUGCAGAGUUUUACCCCACACAACACAAAAGUGACUGAUGUGACAGACUUGGACGUAAAAGACAUCGCUCUCGGUCCUGUCUUGAAGAUUGGUCUGUCAAAGAUAAAGAUGCUCCUACAUUGCAAGGCUGCUCCGCACCAGCAAAGAGCUAUUGUUCAACCAGCAGAACUGUUUGUUAGUUUUUUUCCACUGAAAGACGUUCUUUAUUUUUUUUUUUUGCCAAAAUACAAUUGCAUGCUUUUUGCAAGGGGUUUGGAUUUAUCUCCAAACAUUUGUCAGAUUUGUUAUGGGAAUCUGGCCAUAAGGACUUCUAUAUUUAUCUCAUGCAUCACUGUUGCAGUGACCCCUGUGCUUUUUGUGUUGACCUGGCUGUCGCUUAUUGCCCGCUCAGUCUGUCUGAUGCUUGUUGCUAAGAGUCUGUCUAACAGUGGAACGUCAAAGAAUUUGGAAACGGUACAUUUGGUGGGGGUCUGAUACGGUGCGUGAGUGAGUGUGCCCGUCUUCCUGUUUAUGUUAGUGAAAAGAAAGAAGAAAUCAAAUCAUUCUUUUAUAAUUUCACCCGCUGCUUUGCUUCUUGUGGUCAUAUCGGUGUUGUCAAAAAAUGUGAAAAAAAAAAUCGUGAAAAAUGUGCUUACAUUUUUGGAUUUCAUAAGACAAAAAUGAUGAAUAAUUAAUCAGGAAGAGGCUUUUGAUCAUCAAUUUAAUAUCUUUAUUUGCACAGGUGGUCAAGGUGUAACUCUAAGAUGAAAUAUUUGUAUGGUACAAACUUAUUGAUCUUGUUCAUAGGUAUGUAAUUAUACAUGAAAUGAUAUAAUUAUGAUCAAAAAGAGUCAAAUCCCUUGUAUGCAUACUUGGCCAAUAAAUCUGAUUCUGAGACACAGUCAGACGGUCGUGGGCCAUUUUAAUUAAAUCCUGGUAUGAGGAAGUUUCUGAUAAUCUUGCAGGGAAAUAGUACUGAAUGUCAGCUUUGGAAUGUGAUAUUUUGAUGACGGCGAGGACAGCUCCAUCUGUAUUCCCUCCAUCCAAACCAAAUCUGUGAUGUCACGCUGACAGGUAAAGGUACAGACCAAAUAGAAUGACUCCUGCAGAUGUUUUUUCUGUGACUCAGGGUGUGUUUGAAAGCGCCACCGUAAUAGAAAACCUACCAUAGGCUACAGUAAUAUACCGGUGGUAGUUUAAGCACUAAAAUAUUCAUCACCAUUCUUUUCGCUGUCGGCGGAGCAGCUCUUUUUUCGGAGCGGUACAUCAGUGUGACAUCACAGCCUCUGGUCUCUGCUAUCUUGGGUUGGAAUAGUUAUUAAAUCUCACAGAACAGAAAAUUAAUUCUAAGCCAUAAGAAUAAAUAUGUAAAUUCUUAAA